UAUUGCCGCAACCGAGAUUGGAUAUAAACCAAGUUUUGAAUAUUAUAAUUCAAUAUCGUGACCGAAUACGGCAUAGAUAUCGCUAAAUUAAAAAUAUCGAAAAUUCGAAACUGUUUAAAUAUCGCACGGCUUAAUCGCCAUCAAUAACGCAAAUCUGAAAACUAUUUAAAUAUCGCACGGCUUAACCGCCAUCAAUAACACAAAUCUGGAAAUUAUUCAAAUAUCGCACGGCUUAACUGCCAUAAAUAUCGCCAACAUAAAAACAUUUGGAUACCGCACAGAUUAACCGACAUACCUCUUGAAUAAUAGCUUAACCGAUUCAAUAAUCCGUCAAUAUCGAAAUUUCUUUUUCUUCGGGUCACCUAUCGCUGGUAAACAUUUCUUAUGUCAAUACACACGUCCGCCAAGGCGUGGGUAGACUCCUUGACCGACGCCGAGUUAAACACCGAAUUAGAAGGACGCUCAUUGUCAAUAACGGGUAUAUUGCCAGUCCGUCGUCAACGGUUGACAAAUUAUUGUAAACAAUACGGCCUAGGCAUGGACGACCUCCCUACUCUCGACGACGUUAACAUGACUACACCGACAGACGACAGCGAUGACAUGACCUUACCUAUACAGACGCAACCGGUUAACCCCGCGUCUUACACCGACGACGAAAUUCGUGACGUGACACGGCCUUCGAAGAGUAACUCCGGUACUUCAGCAACCGGCGCGAUUCGGAAACAACCACCGGAACCGCAACCUAGCCGAAUUAGCCCGCGAAAUAUACCGCCAGAAUUUCUUCCCGGCAAUAACGCACCGGCUAAACCGGCGCCCGUUCAGCAACCGCCUUUGAGACCACGGGAGUAUCACCCGGCGAAUCCGCAACCGUUCGACUACCGCACAGGGAAUUCUCUACAUUACGAAUAUCGCGACGCACCGCCGCUGCGGAGACCUGCCUUCCGCAAUCAAGGUUUCGAAGACAACCAGUAUAAUUUCCCGCGACCGAGCAUGAGUAGCAACUCAGCACCACCGUCUAGGCCGACAGCUCUGGCAGCCUACGAAGUUAUGAGAAAAUGGAACCUCAAGUUUUCAGGAGCGCGUAACGAGGACGCUGAAGCAUUUCUCGCACGUAUAGACGAGGGGCGAUCACUCAUUGACAUUCGCGACGACAACAAACGUGAAACGUGGCAUUCUUUCGCAGAGUUUAAAGCCGCGUGGCGUCGUAGGUUUGUCAAUCCCGAGUUACAGUUCGCAUUGCGGGAGGAAAUUCGUAGACAAACCCAGGGUGAAUCCGAGUCAGUUUCCGAUUAUUCAACAUACAUGAGGGCGUAUUUCGAUAGAUUGAGACCCGCGUGGGAGGAAGAUGAACAAUUAGAUUACGCAUACCGCAAUUUACUACCGCGAUUACAAAUUUUAAUUCGGCGAGACGAACUACAGGAGCUUGAUGAAUUAGAAGACCUUGCGAGUCGAAUAGAAAUCAGCUUCCGGGUUGCAAGUAAUUACCAAGCACCGCCAACGCCGGAACGAUCGGUACUACCCGAAUUAGCCUACCGCGGGCAAAGCAACCCAAGGCUUUCUCGCAAUAAUUUCGUAGCACUCAACUUUUUCGAGGAAGACCCGGAACCCGAGACGGGACUAGCCAACGCGACCCAAUCUGCUCAAUCGACACCUAACCGUGGCACACAGGGUAAUAGACCCAACGGUCGAAGUGCGCAACCACGUAGUAAGGCACCGCGAUUCAAUAGUCGAAACGACACCAGUGCGCCAACCACUCCUACCGCUGCCACGGCUCACAAUCAGACGGAUACCGCAAACGUCGCGAAUAACUCUCCUGAGAUCGCUGGCAACCCUUUUCUGCCAAGUCCGAGACGUACGCCAAUCUGUUACCAGUGUAGAAAACCCGGUCACCGAUAUACGAAUUGUCCCGAACCCGCGACCGGUCUAUACUGUUUCCGAUGCGGCAAAGUCGGAUACACUAAGGUGACGUGCCCGAACCAGUGUGCGUGAAACCAGUGGGGGAGCCGCACGAACGGGGAACUAGGGAAACCCCUCCGUCACCCGAAUCGUUAGAUUUUUGUAAUCCGAUCCAAGCGAACGCUAGGAUUCCGCUAUUGUUUCUUAACUUCGAAAUUUUAUCGCAACCAGUAGCAGCACUAUUCGAUUGUGGAUUUUCUCGCACUUUUCUUGGCCCAAAAGCCAUAUCGCUAGUUACCGCCUUAAAGCUUCCAAUUUUACCAUCUCGCUUAGGCCCGGUCAAGAUGGCCACCAGAGGAGCCAGAUUUUUACUGGACCCGGCGAGGCAGCGACACUCCCUACCGCGACUUCCGCUUAUUCUCACGCUUAGUUAUCAUAGUUACUACCUCGUUCCUCAUCUAAUAUCGCAAAAAUUUUUUUUUUGAAUGGCAUAGAUUUCUCCCGCUAGUGUUACAAUUUCUUUUUUUUGUUCUUUUCUGAUACCGCAAACGUUUUCUUUACCGCUAACACCACGAAAUUGUUCUUUUUUUUUCUCUUAU